AUGGACCGGAUCCCGGCCUUGAGCCCCCAUGGCCUGCUGAGGUCGGUCUCCAACAUCAGCUCCGAGCUGGGCCGCCGGGUCUGGAGCUCGGCCCCGCCACCGCCGCGGCCCUUCCGCGUGUGCGACCACAAGCGGGCGCUCCGCAAGGGGCUGGCGGCCGCCACCCGCCAGGAGCUGCUGGACAAGAGCGGGGUGCUGACAUACGGCCUGGGCCGAGAAAAACCCAAGCACAGCAAGGACAUCGCCCGCAUCACCUUGGACGUCUACAAGCAGAGCCCCCGCGACCUCUUUGGCAGCCUGAACGUCAAGGCCACCUUCUACGGCCUCUACUCCAUGAGCUGCGACUUCCAAGGGCUGGGUCCCAAGAAAGUGCUCAGGGAACUCCUCCGCUGGACCUCCUCGCUGCUGCAAGGCCUGGGCCGCGUGCUGCUGGGGAUUUCCUCCACCCUCCGCCACCUGGUGGAGGGGGCGGAGCAGUGGCACCCGCAGGGUCACCUCCGUCCUUACUAAGGGGCUGAGCCU